AUGUCGACCGCGGAGCUCGAUGGCUCGCUUGAAAGUCUCUCGCCGAGCAGCAUCCAUGGCUUAGGCCUGCGUCGCUCAGCUACUGUCAUACGUGUGAAUGAUGAACGCUUCAAUAUCCCCUCCACCCAACGAAAGAUCCUUCUCCGCCAGCUCAAAGAAGCAUUGAAAGACAAGAAUGUGACAGUCCCAUUCUGGGCAUGUGUCCAAAUCUGUGACCUGGCGAAGCUCGAAUUCAUUGUCCAGCUGGCAAACCUCUCAGGCCCAAUCAUGGAAAUCAUGACUGAUCUUCUAGCUAGCUUGCCUUACAAGUGGACACAAAGAUUGUCGCCGUACCAUGAGUUCGAAACAGAAUCAACGAAUUCGACUGAUGACCCCCGAUAUGCAACUGCUCCAAGUGCAAAGGACGCUGCCAGAGAACGUGAUGGCUACAAGUGUGUGAUCACUGGCGCUCGCAAGGUAUACCAGACAGCUCGAAUUUUCCCCGUUUUGGUUACCAAACCUCCUACACUAGUCGAACCGGCUUUCCCGGGCAUUUGGAAGUAUGUGGACCUUUUUUGGGAUCGCAGCACCGCUGAACGUUGGAAAAAAGCCGUGUUCAAUAGCUCCUUUGAUCCUGAGCGCCCCGUCAACGAUUGCACCAAUCUUAUCUGCCUUCGGAGUGAUUUACGGUCCGCGUGGGCCAACGGCUUGUUUGCAUUACGCCCAGUCUCCGUUUCUGAUGACGAAAGUGAAAUCGAAAUUGAAUUCCACUGGCAGCCACGCGCUGGCCAUGCAACAUCUGACUUAGUCGAUGUGACCAAAGAGCCUGUCCCCUCGAAGAAUGUCAGUAGCGUUGAGGACCUUGUUGUGGUCGUGUCUGAGAGAGGCAGCUCUUUCCUUCCUAUCCAGUCGGGUCAUCGGUUCAAAAUAACCACAGACAACCCCUUGGAUCAUCCGUUGCCCAGUUUUGACCUGCUCGAUAUGCAAUGGAACUUCACUCGCAUGGUCUCCAUGUCUGCGGCCGCCGAUACCUUUGAUGAUGGGGAUGAUGAAGAUGACGAUGAUGGCAGAACCACAGUACAGUACGACUACGACUACCAGAAGCCCCCCACCGAGUCCGGGGAAAGAAGCAUUGGUGAAUGGCUCCAGUACGCUGACUCCAACCUCUCGCCCUUUGACCGGGACGAGUCUCCCCCGGCUCGGAACAUCAGCGAUUCGAUGUCGAUGGUCGGCCCGCUGCCUGGUCUACCCGACUUCGAGCCCCCGAAGAAGCGCAGCGUGAGCCGCGGGGUAGUGGACUACGUCGAGGACGUCCCCGAGGAGAUUGCCCGGAUGAGCGACUUCCCCAAGUUUGAGCCCAAGCAACGCAGUGUGAGCAUGACCUCGGUGGGCUCUGAGUUCUCCAUGGUUCAGCUCUCGAUGACCCUGGGAGACGAAGAGGGAGGUGGAAAGGAGAUGGCGAGUGAGUGA